CUGCUCAUUUCAUGGUCUGCCAUCUUCAAUGCAUGCCCAGAAGGAGCAAUAUGACAGGGAAACCACAUCCGAUUGGAUGAUUAAAUUAAAGUUAUCAAGAAACUGAUCAAAGUAUUCAAGAAACUUGAGGAUGGUAUGACAGGGAGUUGUAGCCUAUAUAUUGUGUGCGCAACCUACAAAUUACGCAUGUCAUCACAUCACCAAAAGUAGGCUGUUACCAAAAAUAUGUGGUAGUUAAGUCCAGUACAUUUUUUGAUACAAAAUACGAAGCCAUUUUCUUCAACAAAAUAAAAAACAAAAUAAUACUAUUGAGUAUAAUAUAUACUUUAAACUGUUGGCUAUACUCUUUUGAUCCGUUACCGCUUCGCUAUAGCCCACCCAAAAUUGCUCAACCCAUAGGCUAAAGGUUUAUUGCGAUUGCCCAAUAUUACCAGCCCCCUCAAUAUGAUAGAAGGUCAAUCGUCUGCAUUAAGUUACCAACUACUUUUCCCGUCCUAAUUAGCCUUUAAUGUAGCCAAGAAAGAUCACUCGAUAACUUUUGCAGAUAGUGGAAAGAAAGAAUCCGCCAAUUUCCUGAGCAGCCUAUUGUUUUGGUCCAGCUUCUCGGAAAUGCGGCUCAGAUAAUACGAAAUGUUGAUAUAGAAGCUGAGGAUAUCCUGAAAAGGAUAGGUUAGGUUAAAACGAAAGCAUUUCUCUCUUCGACGGUAGCCUAUAGCUGCGCAACUAAGGACGCAUCAACUAGCUCAUGCUGUGAAUUUUGGUCAUAAUUUUGGUCAUAAUUUAGGCUAAUAUAAUUGGUCACGGUCAGUCUAAAUAAAGAAAACGGAGAAUCGGAGUCUAUGAACGGAGAAUGAUAAUUGUAAAAUGCUUGCGUUGGGUGGGAAGAAAUGAAAAAGAGGAUAGCCCUCAUUUGGAAGAGAACGUGAAAGACGCAGUAUAAAGCGAUUGGCACUGUAGCUGAGCGUGUGCCUCCAGAUCGGUCUCAAGGAUACAGCAGAGAAAAGCAAGAACGAAGGAGGGGGUGAGAUAUAAAGCCACCGGCCGAUGAGACAAGAUGGCCGGUCACUUCACCGAGAGAUGCACUGAGCCUGCCUUGCCUUCGCGACGUAUUUUGCUCAUAGGUGGGCUGCAGACUGGGAAAAGCUCUGCAGGCAACACCAUCCUGGGGAAGCAGGUGUUCCCAACAGAGGAAGUGACAUCAGAGAGUGGCGCAUUCCGAGUGGAAGUGUUUGGGCAGAUGGUCACUGUGGUGGACACGCCUGGGUUAGGCUGGAGUGAGGAUGGAGUAGUGGAUGGUGGUCAGCCGCAGGAGUCCACUACUGACACCUGGAACCUGAGCUCGGGUGUACUGCUCUGCUCUCCGGGGCCUCAUGUCAUUCUCUUGGUGCUGUCCGUGUCCCAACCCCUCACUGAGAACCACAGGAAAACACUGGAAACUCAUCUGGAGGGAAUGGGAAGAGGUGUCUGGAGGUACACCAUUGUGUUAUUCACAGGUGUUGAUAGGCUUGGUGCAGAUGGAUGCUUGGAAAGCCACAUCAUCGAGGGAGGAAAGCCUCUUCAGAACCUUGUGGAGAGGUGUGGUAACAGGUACCACAGCUUGGACAACACUCAGCUAAAUGAGAGGACUCAGGUUCAGGAACUACUACUGAAGAUGGAAGAGGUGGUUGAGCAGAACCAAGGAUGGUUCCUGGAGGUGGAUCGUUCCUGGGACCUCCUGCGUGACUACAGAACCAAGAACAACCUGAUGUGGAAUGUGGUGGUACAGGCAGAGAGGAGAGCGACGGAGUCAUGGAACCUCCAGGAGGGGAUGAAUGUAUCACCCCCGAGAGAGCUCAGGAUCAUCCUACUGGGCUGGAAGGGUGCGGGGAAGAGCAUGGCAGGGAACACCAUCCUGGGUUUCCAGGGCUUUGACGUGGGCAAGCAGACCGAGGUCAGCCUCAGGAGACAAUCUCAGGUGUCGGGGCGUCGGGUCACCUUGGUGGACACCCCGGGGUGGGGUUGGUGGUCCGUGAAGCAAACCCCCAAACAGGUGAAGCGUGAGACGCGGAGGGCCGGCGAGCUCCUCCGCCCGGGUCCCCACGUCCUGCUCCUGGUCAUUCCCGUCGUGUCCUCCCUCACGUCCCGGAAGAGAUUCGUUCUGGAGGACCACAUGGAGAAGUUCUUUGGCGAGGAGUGGGCCCAGUACACUCUGGUGCUGUUUACCUGCGGCGACUGGCUCAGAGGCCUCGGCUACUCCAUCGAGGAGCACAUCCAGAAGGGCGGGAAGGAGUUGAUCAGGCUGCUGGAGACCUGUGGGAAUUACUACCACGUCCUGGACAACAAGAGCCCUGAAGGCCACAGACAAAUCCCUGAACUGCUCAACAAAGUAGAGGAGAUCAUUGCACAAAAUACAAGAGAGCCUUACCUAUACGUAGAGGAUCACAGUGAAGAUUCCGCGAGAAUGACAGAGUCUCCAGGAUGCUCAACAUGUAAUCUCCAGUGAAGAACAGGAUACACACAAUGUUAAGAUGGGGGUUUUCCAACCAAACUGUUGUGCAUGGCAGUAUGUUUAAAUGCAGUUUUGACAAUUAGUCACAUAAUGAUCCAGGUUUACUUGUACACCUUUGGAGACACAUGUUCCUCUGAUUUCUUCUUUUCGAUGUAUAUUAUUUGUGUUAUGCUGUCCAAAUCUAGUUGAGGUUUCCAAGUUACUAUCAUUGCCAUUCAUUCACUUGUAACACGGCACGCCUUCCUCUUGCACUCUGUGAUUAUACUUGCGUUUACAGAAACAACUCUGAAGAACCAGAUAUUUCUCAGAACUAUUCACCCUCACCUUUCUCAUCUCUGCCACAAACCCCUACUUUAUUCAUUUAUUUAACUGGCUUCUCUUGCAUUUUUGUGGUAUUUAAGCCUACCUUACACUGGCAAGAUUUGGGAAAGAUUCUUGAAAGAUUGUAGUCUUUUGAGUAAAGCUUGAAUGAGGGGCAUUAGUUAAAAGACUACAAUCUUUCAAGAAUCUUUCCCAAAUCUUGUUAGUGUAAGCUAGGCUUUAGACUGCCAUGAUAGCACUUUUAUGCCUCCUUGCACUUUCAAAAGAUAUGAAUUGGAACUUAUUAUGCCUUGCCUGUUUGAGAUAUUUAGCUGCAUUUAUAGCUGUUUAUAAGUUACUGUUGAAAAUAUUAUUUUGACUAAGUCAUGCCUUUUAAUAGUUGUGAGAGCACAGCUGGCUCCUCAACAAUGGAUGUUUUACACUGCACAAGCCUAGCAUAUGGUCUGCUUUUGUUUUUACACUAAUUUUCUUCAGGAACUCAUGAACUCAUUUCUAUCAGGUUCAUACAUGUCCAUACGUUUUGUAUUUGUGUCAGCUGGUACAGUUAAUAGUGCCAGGGGGCUAUAUUCAUGAUUUAAACAUUUGUCCAUAUCCUGCUGAUUGUCAGUUUGGUUAGUAUUGUGACAGUGUAAGCGGAUCACACUCCCCUAGACCAGAAUGGUUACAAAAGGAUUCCUCAUCCAGGAUAUAUGGCAAUCCUUGGCUAUUCCCAGGCCCAGCAAACCGUUGGACUUGGGAUAUAAUUAUCCGUGCUCUAUUGUGGAGUAGGCUAGCCAUGCUAUGAUUUUGUAUAUUUCUGCCUAUAUUCGGGUAGAUGCAACAUUUGCACAUUCGUAUUACUGUUUACAGGUUUUGUCUUGUAUAAUUGGGACGUGGAGUCCUUUCCCUGAAUGAAAAGCUAACAAAUUAAAUGCCACACUCACAAUCUUUUAUCUGGUUUGUGAUUACAGCCAUGAUAAAAUUUAAUUUUUAAAUAACAAAAUACUGUAAACAGACUAUAAACAAUGCCUAAAACAGCAAGUGAUGGUACACGCUUUGUCAUAGAAAAAAAUAAACAUUUGUAAAGCUGUUUAAGUGUCUUGUGAAACAGGAAUUUAAAACAUCAGUGUACAGGCUACAUAGCCCAUCUGUUAUGGAGUAUAUCAUGUGUUACAAUAUAAACAUGUAUCUUAAUUUGUUAAUCGCAGUUGGGGUACCAGUGCAAUGUGUUGUGCUUCAGUGGCAAUAAUAUUGUAUUGGUAUCUUCAGGCACUCACAUUAUGGUUGUGUUCCUGUUUAGUAACAACUCUUUUAGAGUUGAAGAAAAUGUAUAUUUACAUGAGGAAAUAUAUGGCAUUAUACACAUUAAUUAUCCAACAUGUAGAGAAACACCAUUGUGUCUUUUUUUAUGAGGGAAGUCAUUCAGCAAACAAAAUGAACCAUUUGACAAGGAAAAAAUUAUUAUUGCUUUCACAAUUAAGUUGACUGAUAAGAUGUGGUAGUCAGAAAACCCAGUCCAUCUUCUAUUUUCAAGUUGUUAGCAAAUGAAUAACUUGUAAAUAAAAAGCAUACCAAUACCAACUGAGAUUAGACAUUAGAGGGCAUUUGCCAUGUACUGAAUGAAAAGCAGCCUGUGUGCUUGGCUAUCAUGGAACCCUGAGUUACUGAGCAUUAUUUAUAAUGCCAUAAUAAAGUUGUACAUUUGUACUGGGUAUU